AAAAAGGAUAAACCCAUUAACUCCAGCAUUAGUUUCGCCCACGAACAGGCCUUCAACCAUUUGCUUACCUUUUCCAUCAGUUUAGUCUUCGUUCCUACAUUUGUUCUUUAUUUUCUUUACCAGAAACGGAGUGCUGCAUGGAUUUGAGAGCAUUGAAAUCGAGUGUAAGAGAACUGACCAUGCAAAACACCCACCAUGUUUUCGAUGAUUCCUUGGUCAUGAAUGUUAUGAACGGCGCCGUUGCUGGUGAAGAUUUCUCCAUCGAUUGCUUCCUUGAUUUCAAUAACGGAGAAUUUGAAGAAGGUUCCGUUGAAGAAGAAGAAAAAAACUCUGUUUCUACUUCAUAUCAACUACGUGUUGCAGAUGAUGAUAGUAACUCUAAUUCCACCAGUUUUACACUCUCCGUACCGAAUGAUGAAAUAGCAGGGCUUGAAUGGGUGUCUCACUUUGUGGACGAUUCGGUACCGGAGAUUCCUUUGCCAUGCCCUGUUUUUAAGCAGGAAACUGAUAACCAUGCAGGAACUCGGUUUGAAGCGGAAACCGGCCCGGUUUUUGUGAAAACGCCGUCUUUUUCAUCGUCGGUUCCAAGUAAAGCGAGGAGCAAGAGGUCUAAACCGACAGUCCCGACAUGGUCGGUUGGGUCACUGCCUAUUUCCGAGUCGUCGUCUUCGACAGCAUCAUCUUCGAGUACUUGCUCGGGGUCUUCCAUGACCUCUACAGAGUUGGCUAAUGGUUUCAGAGUACCGCCGACAAAGAAACAGAAGAAAAAACCGGUGGCGGUGCAAGGUAGUGGGUUGUCAAGUGGGAACCCUUUCCAACGGCGAUGCAGUCAUUGCCAAGUUCAGAAGACUCCACAGUGGCGAACCGGUCCUCUUGGUGCCAAAACCUUGUGCAACGCUUGUGGGGUUCGUUACAAGUCCGGUCGACUUUUUCCUGAAUAUAGACCGGCUUGUAGUCCCACAUUUUCCGGUGAUUUGCACUCCAAUAGCCAUAGGAAAGUUUUGGAAAUGAGGAAAAGGAAAGAACUGACAGUGAACGAUUCAGUCGAGUCAACCCGGUUGGUUCCGAGUUUUUGAAGUUAGGUAUGCUAGGAUAGGUUAAACGUUGAACCGGUUUAAUUGUUAUUGGAUUAGUUUUAGAAAAUUUUUUGGUCAAUAUAUUUACCAAUCUGAAUUUUAUGGUUUUGAUAUUUUUUUUUAUUCAAAAUGAUUCACUUGGCUUGAGAA